UUGGUGGGGGCAAUGGGCGAGGAGCAAGGAAAAGCAACGCAGCGAGUACUAAAAAACUGAAACGAGGACUGCGACCAGUAGCAGAAGCAGAGCAACAGCGUCGAACACAGAGCAAAUAGUGCACUUUUUAGGGUAGAAUGAACAGUCUUUAUUUUCAACUCGUCGUUAACGGAUGCAAGCGCGGAAAAAAUACAAAGCGUGUUUGGAACGCAACGGAGAACCGUAAAGCAUUUUUUUUAACAAUUGUGAUGGGCAUAAAGAUGUGAGGUGUGUGUGGGUUUUUUUGUGUACUGACUACUGCUGGUGGAGUGUUUUUUCGUUGUUUAUUGGAGCUCUACAAAGAGAUUCCCAGACGACACACUGUUCACACAACGUGCACCAUAAUAGAGUUUGUUGUAUCUAAUAAAUCUUAACAAAGAAAAAAUAAAAAUAAGUAAAAAAUGAAAGUCGUCAAAUAGGUGGUUUUAAGUGCAAAAUAUAGAAAUACUAUAUGAAAAAUUACACUAACAAAUACAGCAACAAAAAUGUAAUUCGUUUAUUUGUGAAGUAAACAGCAGUUACAGAAAGAAACCAAUACAAAUAUACCAAAACCUAAACGAAAAGGUAAAUAACCAAAAAAGUGGAAGAAAAUUGAUGCACAAUUGGUGUCUGAUUGAGUCAGUGUUCAACAUCGGCCCACCGCCGUCGACUGGGUUAUGAAUUUACCUAAUAUUAGCCGCUUCGUCUGCUUAAAAUUGAAUUUUCUCAUCAGCGCAUAGGUUUGCUGCAUCACAAAUUCGAAAGUUGCCUCACAAGUAAUUGACAUUGUACGCGAACUGGAAGAGAAGCAGUAGAAGCCUUUGGUGGCGCUUUAAGCGCACUUAGCGCUUCGCAAUCUAUCAACCCACCUCUACGUAUUGCCGAAGAGCCUCUUGUGUUUGCGCAGACUUUUAACACCUUAGUUGCUGUAGCCACCGUCACCACCGUCGCGUGCUACCAGCUACGCGGCUGGGCAAUGCAAACAUGGAUCAUGCGGUGAAAGCGACACGUGGCCGACCAUGGAAUACGCUGCGCUUCGAGAACGACGAACUGGAAUGCCUCUAUCAACGUUACACGCUCAAAUUGCAGCGCUUUUCAGUGCUGGGCGUGGUUGCGUUGGUGGUGGUGUUGUGCGGUGUCAUGGCGGCGCUGUCAUUGGCCUACAAUAAUGCGCCCACCUUCCAUAAUAUUUUCAACUCCAUUGUGUGCCUGCUAUUUGCAAUUAUCCUAAUUCUGCUGCAAUGUCGCGUCAUCAAGGAUCAUCACCUGCCAAUUCUAUGCUAUGGUAUACUGCUCUUUGCCGCUGUCAUCUGUUUUGUUUCGAUGCCAACACUGGGCAGUGUAUUUCCUGUGGACACAAAGGAGGUCAUGGCCGAAGGUGUGUGGCAAAUUGUUUUUGUUGUCUUUUUGGCAUACGCCAUGAUGCCACUACAAAUAUGGGAAGCAGUUUGCUUUGGUAUUGUUUUGCCCUCAGUGCAUAUUAGUUUAACGGUGUACAAAAUUAUUACGGAUUCAUUUCGUUACUUGGAAUAUAAUCAGCUUAUUGCCAACAUUGUAAUGUUUAUCGGUGUUAAUGUUGCCGGUUUGGUCGUAAAUAUUAUGAUGGAACGUGCCCAACGACGUGCAUUCCUAGAUACACGCAAUUGUAUUGCCGCCCGCUUGGAAAUUCAGGAUGAAAAUGAGAAACUGGAAAGACUUUUGUUGUCGGUUCUACCUCAGCAUGUUGCGAUGCAAAUGAAAAAUGACAUACUCUCACCUGUUGCUGGUCAAUUUCACCGAAUUUACAUACAAAAACACGAGAAUGUGAGUAUAUUGUUUGCCGACAUUGUCGGCUUUACCGUCUUGUCGUCGCAAUGUAGUGCACAGGAGUUAGUAAGACUGUUGAACGAGCUGUUCGGGCGAUUUGAUCAACUGGCGCACGACAACCAUUGCUUGCGCAUCAAAAUUCUCGGCGAUUGCUACUACUGCGUUUCGGGUCUACCUGAACCGCGUAAAGAUCACGCUAAGUGUACCGUUGAAAUGGGGCUGGAUAUGAUCGAUGCCAUUGCCACCGUGGUGGAGGCCACCGAUGUGAUAUUGAAUAUGCGUGUGGGCAUACAUACGGGACGGGUGCUUUGCGGUGUACUGGGGCUACGCAAAUGGCAAUUCGAUGUCUGGUCCAACGAUGUGACAUUGGCCAAUCACAUGGAAUCGGGUGGAGAACCGGGGCGAGUGCAUGUUACACGCGCCACACUUGACGCUCUAUCGGGCGAAUAUGAAGUUGAAGCAGGACAUGGCGAUCAGCGUUCGUCGUAUCUACGUGAUCAUGGUGUGGAUACGUAUUUCAUAGUGCCACCACCUCAUCGGCGAAAGCCAUUAAUGCUAAAUACGCUUGGUGUACGCUCGGCCAUUGGUAGUCGUCGCAAAUUGUCAUUUCGUAAUGUCUCGAAUGUUGUGAUGCAACUAUUGCAUACGAUAAAAUUUUCGGAGCCAGUACCAUUUUCCAACAUUGCCACCGGGUCGUUUCCAUCAUCGGCCGGUAGCGGCACCGGAGCGCGUGGCAGCACAGCCGAUGGUACCGGCGGGGAUAAGAGCACCCGUAAGGAUGCGCAGUCAAAAGUGACGGAUAAAUUUAAGCGCCCUUUCCGCAAGCGACACUCCUCAAUGCACUAUCAACCGACCAAUCGCGUCAAUCGCUUCCUCUCACAGGCGAUCAAUGCACGUUCCGUCGAUUGCGAUAAGUCCGAGCAUGUCGACCGCAUUACUUUGCGUUUUCGCGAGAGUGAUAAGGAGCGCGAAUACCGUAAAGAUUUUGAUCUGGGUUUUACCACCGCCAUGGGUUGUUCGCUGUUGCUGUUGAUAUUGGGUGCAGCACUACAGGUGUCAGCUCUCCCACGAACUCUCAUACUUUUGCUGCUCUUCUUGACCGCUUUCGUAUGGAUAAGCGCCAUAUUAAUGUUGCUACUGGCAGUGCGUCUUAAGUGGAUUGUCUGGGAUUUAGCACGGAGCUUCACACUUCGUCUGGCUAUAACGAUAUUCACCAUAGUCCUGAUCUAUUCAGUGGGUCAGGUGAAUGUGUUUACUUGCGUUAUGAACCAUCCCUGUGCUAGUAAUGUCACAACACAUGCACCUUCGUUGGAGGAAGAAUUACUCAUGUUGGGUCAUCACAGUGAGGCACACAGAAAAUGCUCGCUCCCUCAGUAUGUUUCGUUGUCGGCAACAUUUGCAUUUUUGUCGGUUUCAGUAUUUUUACGUUUGCCAAUCAUUUUUAAAUCGUUGCUGAUAUUGUUGAUGGGAACCAUUUAUGGACUUUUCAUUGAAAUGUCUCACAUAAAUAUUUUCGAUUGUUAUGACAGCAGAGUGAACUCAUCCAUUCCGCUCCAUUUGAUCUCAUUGGCGCGUAUUAUAAUUUUCAUGAUUGCAAUAUUGGUACAUGGACGUUUGGUUGAGUGGACGGCACGAUUGGAUUUCCUCUGGCAGCUGCAAGCAUCACAGGAGAAAAAGGAGAUGGACGUUUUGCAGGAAUCAAAUAAACGGAUCUUACAUAAUUUGCUGCCAGCUCAUGUGGCUGCACAUUUUCUCGAUAACCAAUUUCGCAGCAAUAUGGUCAAUCCCUCACAGGAACUCUAUCAUCAAAGCUAUGCUAAAGUCGGCGUUAUUUUCGCUUCGGUACCGAACUUCCAUGAGUUCUACACAGAAAUGGAUGGAUCGGAUCAAGGAUUGGAGUGUCUGCGGUUGUUGAAUGAGAUAAUUGCGGAUUUCGAUGAGCUUUUGAAAGAAGAACGUUUCCAUGGCAUUGAUAAAAUCAAAACUGUUGGCAGUACUUACAUGGCUGUCGUGGGCCUUAUACCUGAAUAUCGCAUCAACGCCAAUGAUCCCAAUUCGGUGCGUCGCCACAUGACAGCUUUAGUCGAGUAUGUGAAAGCAAUGCGACUAUCCUUGCAGGAAAUCAACAGUCACUCAUAUAACAAUUUUAUGUUGCGUGUUGGUAUUAAUAUUGGUCCUGUGGUGGCUGGUGUGAUUGGCGCACGUAAACCACAAUACGACAUUUGGGGUAAUACCGUAAAUGUUGCCAGCCGCAUGGACUCUACAGGCAUACCUGGUUACACACAAGUGACGCAGGAGGUCGUGGAUAGCCUGCAGGGCUCACACUUCGAGUUUCGCUGUCGCGGCACCAUCAAGGUCAAAGGCAAAGGCGAUAUGGUCACAUAUUUUCUAUGCGACUCUUCGAAUAAUGGCCUCAAUGGCGAGGUGCGCAACGCUAUGAUCGCCAAUCGUGCCAUCACACAAAAUGGCAACGGCUAUGCGUCACAACAGCAGCAACAACAACAGCAGCAGACACAAUCGAAUGGCUUGCACGCCCACCCUGCGGAAUAUUAUCAGAAGCAAUCGCAGCUGCAAGAUAACAGCUAUCAGCUCAACAUGAACAGUGAGACCUACAACAUUAAGAAAGAUAACUACGGUUACAACAACAUGGACACAAGCCAAAUGCUGUUGAAAACUUCACCAAAUGCAAUGCAGGAAGAGCAACAACAAUUGCUUUUACAUCAGCAGCAAGCUAUGCCACAACAAUACCAGCAUCAUUUGGCGCAGCAGCAACAACAGCGCUUGAAUAGUAAAUUGCAAAAGCAACCGAAUUUUAUUGCCAACGGUGGCCUCCCGAAUAUACGUGAAAAUGGUCACAAUGGCGAACAUAAUGGCAGUAAUGGCGGUAGCAAUGGUGUUGGUGGUUAUGCCUACAAUGGCUACCAUCCAGCCCAGCAACAAACACAGCAGCAAUACAACAACGGCGGCUAUGUACAUCAUCAGCGAUCACAUUCUUCCAGUUCGAUGGGUGGCGGCGGUGGUGGCAUUGGUGUUAUGGGUGUGAUUACAAUGGCAGCGUCUUCUUCCCCCGCCCUACCCACGCAACAACAACAACAAAUACCAGUACCAGUUCCAGUACCAGUACAAGCCACUCCCUCCAUGGUAAUUUUGCGCGAACAAUUUAAUAUAAUUGAAAAUCCCGGUGGUAAUCGGCUUGAGUACAUUAAUCAUGACCCCUACGCCCAGGUGGAAAGCUAUAACAAUUUAUUUGGUAACGGUAAUGGUGGUGGUGUUGUAAGCGCUGGUGGUAGGCGUGAACCGCAUGCUGCACGCAAUUACCAUCUAAUGCAUCACAAUCAACAGCAUUCGUCGUCAUAUAGCACGAAUAGUAAUUGUUUGAAUUAUAAUAAUUGCCGUGAAAGUGAACCAUUGUUGCAUGCCGCACCAGUUGCCAAGAUAAUGCCAAUGCAACAACAGCAUCCCCAAGCAUAUCCACCUAAAUACGAACCUCCACGUUACACAUGUCCUAAUACCAUAAUGCUACAACAACAACAUCAACAACAUUUGCAACAACAACUUCAGCUGCAACAUCACCAUCAUCAGCAGCAACAACUACAUCAACAAUAUCCACUAUAUUCCCAACAUCCUCAACCGCCAUUACCAGUUCCACCACCCAAACCCACAAAUCUAAAUGCAUCCUCAUUAGCCACAGCCUCAGUGUCAGCCUCAGCAUCAGCCUCACUGAAACAGAAUACACCUCUCUUACGCACUACCUAUAUGAAGCCGCUGCCGAAGUUGCCAACCGAGAUCGAGGAGAGCCGUGAGAUGUCUUCCACCGAUGAUCUCAGUUCACGCCCACAUUCACCAUCGAUGAGUUCCUCAGAUGAGAGUUAUUCAAAGACGACCGAAGGCGAGGGUGACGAGGACUCACCGCGUAUUAUAGCCAAGGGCCAGCAUAAUCAUCAUCAACGCAACGGUGCCAAUCCUUUGCAGUGGUUAUAUCCAUGCGACAUUCAAGUGGAUCCUACGUCGCCAGUAGUCGACAUGUCAAAUCUAAAAGAUUUUGAAGUCAGCUCGACAACAGAGAGUCAAGGUCAACAGACGAAUACCACACACAAUAAAGGUGAUUCCUGCAAUAGUUUUGAGUACCAAGACCGCGUUUUGCUUGCCGCAGGUAAAAAGCAAGCCAGUAACGGCGGCAGUGGUAGCAACGGUGGUGGGGGCAAUGGUGGCGGCUCCACAUCAGCUAGCAACUCGGCGAAGUCGCCAUUCGAGAGGGAAUUGCAGAGACUUUUGAAUGAAUCAUCACGUGCGCGUGCACUUGCUGCCGCCACCUCUUCAUCAGGCGGCAACAUCACAUCCGUUUCGAACUCCAACACCAAUCCCGAAGGCAAUACGACAAGCAACAGCAGUAGCCGCAAUAACAUUGAGUUGAGCUACUCGGCGAGUAACAGUAAAUUGAGCUCGAAUAACGGACUAGCGGCUGGUGGCAGCGGUAGUAAUGGCAACCUCAGCGGCAGCAACUCGAUGAGUGGCAACAACAACCAAAAGUCGUUAACCACGACGAUACUGGAUGAUCUUACUUCGCCAACAACGGGUCGUCAGCCAUCGAAAAUACCGAUCAGCACGAGUUUUAUGAUUGCCAAACACCCUGUGGGCUUGGAGGCCAUAAAGGAAAUUACGCGAAAUAAGAAUCCAUCAGAAUCAAGCCAAAUGCAAACUUCCGAUACGGAAUCCUGUGAAAUAUUGCAUGAAAACUGCAAUCAGCUAAAUUUGAACAUACUUGACGCAGUCAACAACCAGUCAUCCACAUCAACAGGCACAAAUUAUCGGGAAACAAAUCAUGUGCAGCCACAGGCAAAGGAUCACAACCAUCGACAUCGCCAGCGUCCACGUUCUAAGGACCUCGAUCAGAGUCGGGAGAGUCUCGAUCAGUUGGCCGAUGUUGGCGAGCAGCAGCAACCUCAGCGUCAUGUGCGUCACCAUCAUCAUCACCACCACCAUCACCAUCAACGCCCGCGUGCCAAUCAUACAGCGGCGCUGAAUAAUGACACUGAACGCGAUGAUACCGAAGAUAAUUUGGCUGACGAAGAAUUCGAAGAUGAUGAGGUGGGACGUGACGUGCGAAAGAAACGUUUGGUUACAAUUUUAACGGACGAGCAACAUGUCAAUAAGAUUAGCAGCGGUGGUCUUAGCUCGUACGAAGAUGAGGAAGAUGAACACGAAGUUAACGCGUAUAACCAUAAAAACGACGAUAAUGCUGACUACGGAGAUGACGAUGAUGAAGAUCGGCAUGUCGAAAUGAAUGUGAUAAACGAUGAACUUAAAUACGGUGCGGGACAUCAUAAUCACCAGUCGAUGGACUCGAAUCCUUUGGAAAGUCAAUCAGAGUGGUCAGAUGAUGAUUGCCGCGAAGAGGCUACCGGUGGCGCCGAGUCAACGGGCUACAUAACCGAUGAACCGGGCUUGGAAAAUAUAUCAUUGCUUAACGAAGCCGGUCUCACAGACGCCGAAGGCGCCCUAUCCGAUGUCAAUUCACUUUACAAUGCACCCGAUGUGGACGAUACAUCGGUAUCGAGUCGUGCCAGUUCACGACUACUCAGUUUGGAUUCGCUGAGUGGUCUGUACGAUUGCGAUUUGGAUUCAAAACAUGAAAUGGCGAUUGUAAAUGUUUCGCACAAAAUCACUAAUAAAUUUGGACCACAGCAACAAAGUUAAUUACAACACGUAAAGCUGCUAGUGUAAAAAGAAUCCUAAGGUGAAAGAAGCAACUACAAAUACUUACAUAUGUGCAUAUGUAUUUAGUACUCGUAGUCAAGCACAUGAUAUAGAGAUAAGAAUGGUGUAAAUUAUUUUUCGGUGAAUAUACUGUAGCCCUUUCCCGUGAUCCAACUAAUUAUGUACGUAUCAAGCUACGUUAAUAAGUA